GGCCGCCUACGAUAGCUUGCCGGUCCGUCAGCAAAAAUAAAUUAUGGUUUCAUACGCGAGAAAAAAAUGACCACCAAAUGUUUUCUUAACACAUGCAAACCUACAGGAGGAAUCGUUUCGAGAUUAUCAAAUUUUAUAUAGUAGAAGUUCGGUGGCAAGCUUCAUAUACACUCAACGGUCAUACAAUCGUGCGCGUAUCGAACAUAUUCCUAUUAACACGCUUCCAGUCAUUUUCUGGCCAUCAAUGCUGCGUGUCGUGCCAAAAUUAGUAUACUAUCAACAUGUAUCUAAUAAUAACCUUGAUAGUGUCAGCGUUCACGGCUCUUUACGUUUAUUUGGUGUGGAAUUUUAGUUACUGGAAAAAACGAAAUGUUCCUGGUCCUGAUCCACUACCCAUUCUUGGGAACAUGAGUUCCUUCCUACUUCGGAAUCAACCAAUCUUGGAAGAAUUGGAUAAGAUAUACAAGAAGUAUAAAACCAAGUUCAAUUUCGUGGGAAUUUUCAAUGUUCGAACUCCUCGAAUUUUAAUCACGUCACCAGCUCUCGCCAAGAAUAUUUUAACAAUGGACUUCAAAAGCUUUCACGAUAAUGAAUUUGGCCAAAUGACGGACAAGGAGCUCGAUCCGCUUCUCGCACGAAAUCCAUUCAUGCUGAAUGGUGAAGAGUGGAAAACGAAACGGGCAGAGAUAACGCCUGCCUUCACCACAUCAAGGAUGAAAGCAAUGUUUCCCUUGGUGGAAGAUGUGGCUUCUAGAAUGACCAAAUACAUCAAAAGCCACGAGGAUUCUCCUUUGGAAGCUAAAGAACUAGCUGCAAAGUUCACCACCGACGUCGUUUCGAGCUGUAUUUUCGACACUGAUGCGCAAUCCUUCACGACCGAAAAACCCGAGAUCCGGGAAAUGGGCCGAAAAUUACUCGACUUUGGGUUCACGUUCGUGUUGGUAAUGAUAUGUAGAACUAUGCUCCCGAAGCUUUCAAAAAUCCUUCAGCUCGGAAUCGUACCAAAAUCAGCGGAAAAUUUCUUCAUCAAUUUGAUGAAAGAAGCCGUCCGCUAUCGUGAUGGAAACUCGGUUAGUCGUGUCGAUUAUUUGGAGCAUCUCAUCAGUUUACGGAAUAAAAAAGAAAUAACCGAACUAGAAAUUGCUGCACACGGAGUUACAUUUUUCCUGGAUGGGUUUGAAACUUCCAGUGUGGCGAUAUCAUUCACGUUGUACGAGCUAGCUAAAAAUCCCGAUGUACAAGAGCGACUCCGGGUUGAACUUGUAGAAGCCGCGAACAAAAAUGGUUCGAUUUCUUAUGACGUCCUUCUGGAACUGCCGUACCUGGACCAAGUAAUCAACGAAGCUCUUCGACUUUGGCCUCCUGUGGGAUUGAUAUCAAAACUAUGCACCGAGCCGAUCGAUUUAAAUUUGUCCCCAUCCCAAAACAUUCACAUUGACUCCGGUGUUUAUGCUAUGAUUAAUUCAUGGUCAUUUCAUCGUGAUCCAGAAUACUACGAAGAUCCUUUGACCUUCGACCCGAAUCGAUUCAGCCCCGAGACGGGUGGGAUCAAUCCGUAUCGUGAGAAGGGAUGCUACUUGCCAUUCGGUGAUGGUCCACGCCAGUGUCUGGGGAUGCGAUUCGCUCGGAUGCAAGUCAAACGAGCUAUCUGCGAAGUUGUUAGCAACUUUGUAAUAACGGUUGACUCCAAGACAAAAGAGCCCAUGCGCUUGGACCCCGCACAGUUUUUGAUAACCGCACUCGGGGGAAUUUGGUUAAGAUUCGAACCUACAGAAAAGUGAACGUGCUCCAUACAAUUUCAAUAAACCCUAGCAGCCAAGGGAGAUUUUCGAUACUCAUGCUCUACCAAAGGUUAUACAGGGAACAUUUUCAAACCAUUGGCUUAAAAAGUUAUAUAUGUAUGGAAUGUUUAAUUUUAGGCAUAUGAUGAUUAUAUUUAAACGAAUUAUGAAGU